AUGAAGGACGAGUACGUGGAGAGCCAAGUCGCCGAAACACCGUGCCGUCUCACCGCUACUGACAUGCGCGUCCUUUCAGCCACUCAGAUGGUCCCACUCUUGGUCCACUUGCCAACUCCAAUCAUCCACAUCUGCAUCCACCAUCACCGUCAGCCGUCAUCACUGGCCUUGACUGGCUCUCGCUGGUGCCAACACGAUGCUGCGCUAUGCGACUUUGGCACACGCCAUGUUUGA